ACAUCGUCCAUCUCUCUCCUUCCUCCUCGCUAUCUCGACCGAGGCUGUGGGAAACCAACCCAGGAUCGCCAUGUCAGUCACGCUGCAUACCACUCAUGGCGAUAUCAAAGUAGAGAUAUUUUGCGAAGCCGUACCCAAAACUGCAGAAAACUUUCUUGCCCUCUGUGCAUCAGGCUACUAUGACGACACCCUCUGGCACCGGAAUAUCAAGGGCUUCAUGAUCCAAACCGGCGACCCGACUGGCACCGGCAAAGGCGGCCAGAGCAUCUGGGGCAAGCCGUUCCCCGACGAACUUCGCUCCACUCUGAAGUUCAACAACCGUGGGAUCCUAGCCAUGGCCAAUUCUGGUCCCGACACGAACAAGUCCCAAUUCUUCAUCACUUACGCGAAGCAACCCCACCUCGACGGCAAGUACACCAUCUUUGGCAAGGUGAUCGAUGGCGCGGACUCGACGCUGGACGCGAUGGAACGUGUGCCGGUAAAUGCGAAGAACAGACCACUGAAUGAGAUCCGAACAACCCACGUCACGAUUCACGCAAAUCCCAUCGCAGACGCGCAACUCGUCAGGCGAUAAUCCGCGCUGGCGCAUGAUGUGAUAGGACUCUUUCGUCAUAACCUGCGCAACAGUACUUACAUAUCAAGUGUGUGCGCCGCACCACGGAAUCCCUCGGGACCUUCCUCCGCCUCCGCCGCCGUGAACAUUUCAACUCCGUCCGGUGCACCGGCGUCGGAGGACCGGAGGCUGGAAACACGAAAUUCAAACGUCCGCAACUACACCUUCCGACCCCGCAGCGUCCGUGUGUCGUCGGCCUCUGGCUCCCACGAAUCAAACCGUUUUGUAUUUGUACCUACAUACGGAAAUCCUGCUACCCUCGUACGUCUUCGCUGUCU